AUGAAGAAAGGAGGAUUUGGUUCCGGCGGCUUUGGCGCCUUCUCGUUGUCAACAGCUUCGCUAUCCUAUGUCGCUCCGCCUCCCGACCUCUCCAGCGUCCCCCAAGACGUCAUCGUGCCCUUCAAAAACCUCCUCAAGCGAGACAGCACAACAAAGUCCAAGGCUCUCGAAGAGAUAUUAGCAUGCGUCAAAAAGUCCGACCAGCCCGUCGACGACUCCGUCAUAGACGUCUGGGCUCAACUCUACCCCCGUGUCGCCAUCGACAAUAACCGCCGUGUCCGAGAACUCUCCCACAACCUCCUCCUCGAGCUCGUCAAGUCAGCCAAGAAGCGCAUUGAAAAGACCCUACCGAAGCUGGUCGGCCCAUGGGUUGCUGGCACUUUCGACAAGGACAAGGGAGUCGCCCGCGCUGCUCUCGCCGUCUCGGCUCACAUUCUCGACUCGGACCAAAAGAAGGCAAAGUUCUGGAUCGCGUUCCAGGGCAAGCUCCUCGAAUAUGCCAACGAGGCCAUCCGAGAAACAGCCGACUCUCUUAGUGACGAGAGGACGACAUCCAAGGAGGAUAUGGAGGCCAAGUACUACCGCGUGCUCGGAAGUAGUAUGGCCAUGAUCCAGCACCUGUUGCCCACAGUCAAGGACGACCAAUACCCCGACGAACUCAAGCGCUUCUUCGACGCCGAUACUCUUUGGACCUUGGCAGCUUCCGAUGAUGCGUCCGUACGUCGUGCCUUUUACCAGCUCGUCGCAAGUUACCUCGACAACAAACCUAGUCUCUUAGAACCCAAACUGAAGGAUGUUGGCAAGGUACUGGUGGCGGAAGGCCCCAAGAAGGAACAGAGAGGCUCAGCUGUGGACCUUUUGAGGGCAUUGAUCAGCGUUACAAAACGUUUUCCCAAGGUUUGGGGCAGCAAGAGUCCCUUGGACCGCUUGCGGCCGUUGGUCCAGAAGGGUUCCCAGGGAGGGUCGGAUGAGUACUGGACGGAGUUGGAUCAGUUGCUUGCCAUUUUGCCAACAUCUUCCCCAGAUUACGCUGCGAAUGCCUCGGCGUUCCUCAAGUCCAUGAGAACUGCCAUCACGAGCCGUGUGGAGCGGCGUCAAAAUGCCGCGUCUGCUUGGGCCUGUUAUCUUAACACGGUCGAUCGUAUUACCGCGGGCUCUACCCCAAGCCCGGAUUUUCUUCAGGAAAACCUGUACCCAUUAACUCGGGAAUACUUGCAUCCUUCCACGGAAACAUCGACGUGGGCCUAUGCGCAGCCUCCACAUGUGUUUAAGGCAUGGAAGAUUGUACCAUACACAACAAACGAGCAAGUACGGUCAUCAGCAAAGGAAGAAUGGCAGAAGCUUGGUGAUGACUUUGCUGCGGGUCUUUCCAACUCUCUCCCUGAAGUUUCCCCCGAUUAUGAAAAGUCUCAGUUAGAGCUGGCAGCCCAAGGUGAUCGCUGGUUCACUCUAGUACAAGGCUUCCUGAGGGGGGCACCCAGCCAACAGAGCUUCGAUGGCGAUGCUGAUCUUCCGAGUGUGGUCGCUUCGACCUCAAGAAAUUUGUUGGAAAGCGCACAAGAUCUGCUUGCCAGGCGAAACUACAAGCCUUUCUGUGCUGCGGCUGUCCUAAAAGCCGCCUUCACCAAGGCUCCAGGCCUGUGCUCCAAGAGCGAUCUGAUCAAGAAGGUUUUCCCACUCGACGACCAAGAAGCUUUCGAGAAGAUCGUCGUUUCUCGAUCACUCCCGUUUCUGGCAUCUUGCCUUGCCGCCGUUACUCUUGAUCAGCCUGACUUCUCCGAGCAGGUCUGGGUAAAGCUUAUUGACGCUGCUUUGAGUCAUGGCUUCCCUUCCGGUGCGCCAAUCGUCAAGGAACUGGUGUCUGUUCCUCUUCCUCAGGCGGUUGCGCAGAAGAGCGAGGCACUGCAAAACUUCAUUGUCGAAGCCUGGCAGGACUUUUCCAAGGAGGAGCCUUCGUCUCCCGUUGUGGAACAACUUUGCAGAGCCAGCAUCUCUCAUUCUGUCGUGGAUGACAAAACGCUACAGUCUCUCGCUAGCUCGUUUGCGCAGGAUAUUGGUGUGGCUGGAAAAUAUGAUCCUGAGUUCAAAGCUCUCGAUCUGUUACUUCGCAACAAGUCGGCCCUGUUCGCAGAUACCCCGGUUGAUCUUUUCACGAGGCUCUUAUCCCUGGAGGAAAUAUCGGACUCUGAAAAGGCGACCAAGGUUGCGGCUAUAAGAUCUCUUAUUCAGAAACAGUAUGGCGGGGACAAGUUGUGGCUUGAAGUCAUUCGCCUUAGCUUGGCUGAGGCCGAUCCCUCUUCUCUUGAUAUCGACACCUUGAUCCGCCAUGCCAAGGAGAUCCUGAGCUCUGGUGUUCCUUUGACUGACCUUCUCCCAUCGGCGAAAGCAUGGAAUACUGAGCUUUACAGCUUUUUGCGGGAUAACCCAGAUCCUUCCCUGUCUAUCACCAGCAGUUUUGGCGGUGCCUACUUCCUGGCGACAGAGGGCGAGGGUAGCACCCCAACGACCCAGAAAAGGGAUCGUCAGGGCCGGUCAAUUCCUGCGAGGAUGGCCAUCUACACCACCAAUCUUUUCACUGACGCAGACCUGGAAAGCGUUCCGGCGGACCUCCUGGAGCUCAUCUUCCUGACUGCCGUUCUUGCGAAUGACGACUUGACUGUCAUGAAGGAGAAUGGACUCUGGAGUUUGCCUGCCGCUGAGGAUAUCAGAACAGAAAGAUCUGAUGAGAUUCAGUCUUUCUUGGAUCUAGGCACGUCGCUACUUGCCCGAGUGGCCGGGGCUUCGGCGAGCUGGAAAGAAGGCGACCUCAACGGAACCAGCUUGGUGGAAACGCUCAUCCAGUCCUUGCUUCAGCAGGCUGCGGACUUCAGUGCCAAGGCAUUGUACGCAUCCAAGGCCCUCACUGAACUGUUCCAGGCUCUGGUGAGCGUACAUGGCUACCUUGCCGGCGCCAAAUUCGACGAGUGGUUCAACAAGCUUGGUAUUAUGAAGGCCACGCCGCAGACCGUCUUUGCCGCCAUCGCCUUCCUUACCGGGUUCGACGAAGGACUUGCUUCGUCCAGAGCUGUCGCAAAUCUUUACAACCGUCUUGUGUCUGACAUUGUAGGAUGCUUCCCAUCAUCACCGAAGACCCUGUACAAUGUGGUCCUCCUGAACAUCUGCCUUUCAGUCUACCCUCCAGCUAAGACACCAGUUGAGCAGCGCAAACUCGUCUUUGCUCUUAAGCAGUUCACUACGUGGGUGCAAACUUCCGACGAGAUGACCUUUGGCCUCACCGCCGAGGUAUGCAAGGGCAUCCACCGCAUCCUGCCCAAUGUCGCCCAGGUGUAUGGGCCGUACUGGCGGGAAGCCAUCGAUUACUGCCUUUUGUUGUGGGAGAAGGCCAGAAACGAUACCCCUCAGCGAUGGCCGGCUUAUGUUUUGCCCUCCAUCAGGCUCAUAUCAGCAAUGGAGGCUUUGGAGGAUCCCAAUGAUGACCUUGUCGAGGCCUUGGAAGAGACCGCACUUGACCGGUCCAAGGCACUCAUCCGGCUGCUUGAGCUACCACAUGAUGUAGUCAACACGGCUCGUCAAAUACUCGACGAGACUCUCUGCAGGGCAGUUCAGAAAAUUCCCCUCAAGCAUCUCAUAUCUGAGAAGGAUUUGUUGACCAACCUUUAUGGGUUAUUGUCUUCCAGUUCACGGGACGUUCAGACAGCCGCAUUCAGUCUUCUCCACCGGGCCCUGCCCGCUCAGCAAGAAGAGGAGGUCCUGGAGACUCUUCUGGAAGAAAAGGCAGUCGCCAAACUCCCCGAUGAGCUGCUCUCCAUCAUUCAAACUGUUCCGGCAUUGGAGAAAUACACUGAUGAGGAGCUUGCGGGCUUCCCUGUGGAUGUUCGCUCUUACCUCCUUGGUUGGCACCUCGUUUUUGACGCUUACAACCAGGCUCCACUUCAAGUGCGCAAGCAAUACACGGAAUCCCUCAAAGCUGACAACUCGCUUGAUGCUCUGCUUGAGCUAAUGUUUGACGUUCUUGGGCACUCCACCGGCCAAGCACUGAACCUCGAUAAGAACACGUUCAGCGCGGAGCAUAUCCGAUCCUACGACGUUAGCCAGUCCGAAGAAGGAACCAAAGAGCGCGAUAUGCAGUGGCUGCUCGUCCACCUCUUCUAUCUCUCGCUCAAGUUCCUUCCCGGCCUCGUGAAGUCAUGGUAUCUCGACCUGCGCAGCAAGCAGACCAAAAUUGCCCUCGACUCCUGGAUGGCCAAGUACUAUGCACCUCUUCUAAUCUCGGAUGCCCUCGACGAGGUUAACGACUGGGCCUCCUCGCAAGAAGCUCCCCAAGAAGACGAGAAGGAGCUCCGCGUGCGUGUCAACCGCACGGCCAAGGAGGUCUCAGCGGGCUACGAGAUCGACGAAGACUUCGCCUCCAUCGCCAUCAAGAUCCCCGCCGGCUACCCUCUCGAGUCAGUCGAAGUCAUCGGCGAGAACCGUGUUGCCGUCAACGAGAAGAAGUGGCAGAGCUGGGUGCGCGCCACGCAGGGUGUCAUCACUUUCGCCAACGGCAGCAUCACGGACGGCCUGGCCGCCUUCCGGCGAAACAUCAUUGGUGCACUCAAGGGCCAUACCGAGUGCCCCAUCUGCUACGCGGUUGUGUCGGCGGAUAAGAAGCUGCCCGACAAGAGGUGCAGCACGUGCAAUAACUUGUUCCACAGGUUGUGCCUGUACAAGUGGUUCCAGAACAGUAACAAGAACACGUGCCCGUUGUGCCGGAACCCGAUUGAUUAUUUGGGGAGUUCGACGAGGAGGGGUGGAGGUGGUGAUUGAGGAGAGGGGGGUUAGCAGUUACUGUGUACAUGCCACCAGCGCCUUUUUUGGGGUUGUUGAAAGCGCAUUUGUUUGUUCUGGGUUAGGUUAUAGCUGAAUAGCGAAUACACAAAAGGUGGUUUUUGAAAACAAGAGAAGGAUGAAUCGGUCUAGUUC